AUGUACACUGAUAAUCAGAGCACUGAUGAUAUGUGUAGCCCCAGCAGUGCCAGCUGUCAGUGCUCAUCAGUGCCACCUGCUAGUGCCCAUCAGUGCCACCUGCUAGUGCCCAUCAGUGCCACAUAUCAGUGCCCAUCUGAGCUGCUUUUCAGUGUCACUCAUCAGUACCAGUCAGUGCCGCCUAUCAGUGCCAGUCAGUGCCGCCUAACAGUGCCAUAUAUCAGUGCUGCCUUUCAGUGCCAUCAGUGAUGCCUGUCAAUGCCCAUCAGUGCCACCUACCAGUGCCUCCUCAUCAGUGCCCCCUAUCAGUGUCUAUCAGUGCCCAUCACUGCAGCCUCAUUAGCGCACAUCAGUGAAGGAGAAAAAUCAGUUAUUUACAAAAAAUUUUAA